CGCAAUAUUGAUCGAAGCUGGCGAUCGGUUUGUUUCAAGUCUUUGCAUGUAUCAAUAACACGGAAGUUUAAGAAAAUUGUUUUCCACAAUCCUUGCAUUGCUUGCACUUGAUGGCUACCCUAGGACAACAAGAUUCAAAGACAGAGCCACCUGAUAUUACGCAAUGGGUCAUCCUUUCCAUGCAGCAUUUACGUUCAUGUUUGAAGAAAAGAGAAAAUUCGAAAGAACUGGGAAAAUGGCCAGAUAUACCGAAAGAAUUGAACGACAGCGUCUGGAAAGAAACAAUAGUCGCCAUUUUUGAACACUGGGAUAAAUACUGGGAAAGCUAUAUUGAUAUGCGCAAAAGGUACAUCAGAUUUGCAAUUGUACAGACUGCAAACCUCCCAACCAAGACAUCUACGUCAAAAUGCAUAGGAAAAACUUAUUUUCACCGCGGAAUGUUGAAAGAUCCUUACAUAGUUAAGAUAAAAGAUUUAUGGACAACCUUGUCCAAAGAUGUACCAUUUAUUAAAAGUGAAGUUAUUCGUCCAGAUGUAUUAUCUGCACAACAGAGUUCGACUGACUGCCUCAGUGACUGGUUUUUAGCCUUCCUGCAACACUUACAAAGAGUUCUAAGCUCAGACGAACAGGAAUAUUUUGUUGAGGAGCAUGUACCCAAACCAUCUUUGUCUACUGAGCAGGACAUUUGUCAGAUCUUCAUCGAAAUUUUAGCAGUCUGGAACAAUUUAGAUUCGGGAUCAAAUGUUGAUGGUAAUUAUGCACAGAUUUUGAAAUACCUCGAAGCGAUGCAUUUGAUGUUUGCUGACAAAGUUCCAUCACAAAAGGAAAAUGAAAUGGUCUGGAGAAAGCUGGAUAAAUUAGCUCAACAUUUCAUGAAACAACUACGAAAGACAAAGAAGAAAUCACCGGAAAAAGUAGAGGCAGCCUUUAAAUCAAAGGUUUGUGAGAAAAUAGUGGGCGUUUUGAAAGACAGUGUUAAUGUCGAUGCCAUUGACCCACCUUUUGAAUCGGAAGAGUACGACGAGGAGCAGAAGAAACAACUAACAUUAUGGUUUGAAUCAACGAAAGCGUUACUAAAGGAGAAAGUGAAAAUUAAAGCAGACAUUGAUCGGAUUUUGAAGGAAGACCAACAAUACAAAACCAAAAUAAAAAAGUUAGACGAUGAAGUUGCGAAUCUGAAAAAUACUCACAAAGGCGAAGUUCAGAACUUUAAAAUAGCCAUGGAAGUUGUUCUUGAUGAUGAACGUACUACAGACGAAUGGAUAAGAGAGGACACAGAGAAGAAGCAGGCGAUGGAACAGUGGUUUAAUGAUCUUCAUGAAAAGAUUUCAGCAUUUAAAUCGGCAAGAUCAAAUGAAAAAAGGGAGAUUAAGGAGGCAGAAAACAACAUACGUAUUCUGGAGAAGCAACUCUAUGAAGCAAAACAAAGAGAUACCUUUAAGUCUCGCUUGAUGUAUAGCCUGUUGACAGCACUUCAAGCUAAGACCAUGGUAAUGUCCUUUGACCUCUCUGCAGACCUCGGCGACUUUGAUGAGGACACCAAAAACGAACUUCAGAAACACCAUGAGGAUGUGAAGAAAAUAUUGAAAAGAAUAGCUCGCAAACAAGAAGAAUCACAACGACAAAUUGAAGAUUAUAAAGCAAAACUUUCCGCAUCAGAAGAAAGCAGGGAUCAGCUUUUGAACAGACUCAGUCGCAUGGCGGGUGCUAAAUUGAAAGACAACAAUCCAAACAUAACUGAUUUGUCGGACCCAAACAGACCACUAAAAGUUGCUGAGCAAUUUAGUGAACUUUACGACAAAGAAUGGACAAAUGCGUUAGAAAGUCUUACCAAAGCAAAAACUGAGGAAACAGCAUCCAUUGCCAUGCUUUUUAACACAGUUUGGAAGUGCUACCAAUUUUGCUCUGACGAAUCAGAGCGGAGUAUCGAAGCGUUUCUAAUAUGUACUGAUGGUGAAUGGAGAAAUAUGCUGGCGGCUCAUGAACACCAACUUCUCUCCGAUACCAGGAAAUCUUUAGUCAACGUUUACAUUGCACAAAUAAAAAAGAAAUUCACGAAAGAGAAUACAUUUGAAGGAGAUAAAUGGAAACAUCUUGCCCCCUUUGUGGAGAAGUCUUUGGAAUUGUGCUGGUAUAUGGUUACCCAAAGUCCUCCCCUUCACAUGGAGAUUAAUUUUCCUGAAGGCACGCCUCUGGAUAAAAAUGUCCUGAAACACUAUACAGUCAGUGGUGAUAUAAUCGCGUUUGUUGUGUGGCCAGCGCUUUACUUGCAUAAAGACGGGCCUCUUCUGUGCAAAGGUGUUGCACAGCCCCACCCCAAACCAAGAAAAGUCAGAGAACCUAAAGAACGCCCGUCCACUGCUAAAACAUAAACAUAAUGUGACAGUAUUGCGUAAAUGUACCUGGACUGAUUCAAUGACUCGCCGUUUUCUAUAUUUCAUCGAUAAAUAUUUAAAAACUAAGAAAAUUAUGAGCCUUCUAUACAAUGUAUAUCAUGCCAUAAAAAGAAACUCAAAUAUGUCCAAUCUGUGCAAAGUAUAAUGUACAUAUAAGAGGUGCACAUCUUUAGUACUCAUUUGUGUAAAUGCUGCAUGUGCACAUGCGAAGUGAUGAUUGUUGAAAGCUUGCAAGUACGGAUUACAGUACCCAACAUAUGUGACUUUUCAAGGUAUACAAACGAAGCUAGUUUAGCGUGGUUUUCAUAUUGAUGUUGAGAUAGUUUGACGAGAGAAAGUUUGUACUGUAUUCCUUUAUCAAACGGGUUCUAUUGAAAUAACUACCUAAUCCCAAGUAUUUAACUGAAAAGCCUAGCUGGGAAAUAGCUCUAGUGGAAGAAAAACCUCGUCCGUGAACAACAGAAUAUAGGUGUGAUGCAGGGCGUCUAACACAAAUCUAUGAGAGUUGUGUAUUCUUCAGGAUCCUGCUAAUAAGAAAGUGUUAAAAAAAACCUGUAGUUUUCACUUUGUCAUUGGGGAAUACGAUAUACAUGUAUUGUCAAAACUAAAUGUCUAAAAACAUUGUCAGAAUGAUAUGUUCAAAACCAUGUUUCAUUUUAAAAAUCGAUCAUCUCUAUUUUUUAUGCCAGGUAAUCGAAUUAACGUUGUUUUAUUUAAGUGGUUUACUUUUUACUUUCAAUAUAUCCAUCCAUGUUUUGUGAAGGAAGUGUAUCUAAGGAGAUACUCACGUGCUAUAUUAGAUAUUCACAGAUACAAAACACUUGCAUUUGACACGCCCUCUCAAAAUGAUCUGUAUCUCAGAUACAGCAUACUCAGUCCUAUAUCGAAAUCACCAAAAGUCGUGUCACAAUGAUAAAUACAAGGGAAAAAAUGUAAAGGUCGAAUGUUUUCUUUUACUUUUCUUUCUUUCAUCCAAUAUACAAUUUGUAGUCUAAAUAUCACUAUAUUAGCAAAAAGACGGAGGCUUAAUAAGUUUGCGGAACAACUUUCGCAGGUAUUAUAAAUUUUACUGCAUUUUUCAUAAUUUCGUUUCAACAUCAUUUACAAAUUCUGUACUCCUUACUGUAUGAUAUCGAAUCCAAAGAAUUGCUUGUCGUGUUACAUACAAUACUGUUUGUUGCUUUAAUUCUACUGUGCCAAAAUUUCACGAUUUGUUACAAGGGGUUUUAGUUUCACGUUAUAGGAAAAUCUACUUUUAAAAUUUCAAUUACGAAAGCAUUGAAAUGCUUUUAAUAUAUUAUUCACUAUGGAUUUGAUUUCGCGGGGAAAUGAUAAAUCGUGAAUAUAGUGAAAUUAAAACCAUCGUGUUAAUUCCCAAGUCUACAUGCAGUGUUGUGAAUUUUGCGGUGGGUGGAUCGCAAACUACCAUUCUUAUUCACUUCCCAUAUUUAAAAUAUCGCAAGACCUGGAUAUGGUUAGAAUGUAGGACAUUUCUUGGCAAAAUGUGCCGACGUAAAGUUCAAAAUCAUGUGAUUUUAGUGAUAUUGCAUUACCACUGGUUGUGAUUGACGGUAACAGUAAUUCUGGGAAAAGAGAGAAAAGUCACAGACAAAACGAGAGUUAGAAAGUGUCCCCAUUAUGCUCUAUAAGGAAGCAUGUAAGUCUGAAUCAACGAAUUUAGUUGUAUUGAUAGUAUAACUUCGGUCCAAAUCCAGAGUCUAUGUAAUUUCGUUUAAAGUUCAACCCAUCAAUUCCACUUGAAGCUCACUAUCUCGAUAAUUUCAACAGAGAUAUCUAUACUUCUCAAUAUUUCUCAGUUUUGAACUUUAUGAUAUAUCGAUAUUAUUUUCAUAGGCGCAUGUGUCGGCAAUUAUUAGGAGGGUAGUCAAAGUCUUCCAAUUAAAGACACCUAUCGGCAAAUUUAUGAAGUAUUCAGAACAAGUAGUGUAAGGAAAGAUAACUCUGGGUUAAGAUUGACAAUGUCCUUCGCAUUCAUUUGCACACCAUUUCAAGCCACGGUCCGGAGUCCGCAUAUAGCUCUCUCCAGAUGGAAGGGGACCGUACAUAUUGACCGUGGUUUGCGACGAUGCCAUUCGCACUUCUGUCAAAAUACCGACGCAGUAUCCUGUAGUUAUUUGAUUCGCUUGUUUCUUUUUUCUAAUUGAAAUUUAAUUAAAUGGAAAAUAUUUCUGAUUAUAAAAUAUUGUAAUACAACAUGUGCGGAUCUAGAGGGGGGCGGGGUCCCCCCUCUCCCUGGAAUUUGCAAAGAUAAAAAAAAUUACAAUUUAACGAUUUAUAAGAAAAAUGAGUUAUAUCACGGGUUCGAUUUCGUGAAAAGGUUCGAUCCACCCCCCCCCCCCCCCUGGAAAACAUUUCUGGAUCCGCACCUGUACAAUCUGUAAUAAUUGUGUUCGUAAUAUGGACUAAGAAGGGCCAAUCUGAAACACCAAUACCCAACACGUGUUCUCAGCUUCACAGCGUUUAUUCCAACUCCAAAAUGAGGCUGCAGUAGUUAAUCGAUUAUAGUCAAGGGGGGGUAACUCUAAAUAUAGCAUCUCCCUUCUUAACACAAUUAUAAUGAUACAACAUGUUAACAAAGUAAUGGUUAUCAGAAUAAAGUAUUAUACAAAACAGUGGUGGAUGGUAUUAUAUAAUGUCUAAUCCAAACCACGAGAGACAAUGUCCAAUGAAUGUACAUCACUGAAAAUAAAUGAAUUACACAUCAA